AAUACAAGCCAGUAGUCAUGUAAAUAUUGAACAUUAUCAAAACAACAGGGUUGGAUGAGGAUGUAUGGUAUAGUAUAUAUAGGGAGCCGGAUUAAUGAAAGACCAAAUACUCUGUUGUGCGAGUUAUAAGUCGUAAGAUUACAAAAUCGAAAGAACAUCUGAACAGUGCGCAAUCAUGAAUAUCGCUACUCUCAUUUUGGUUUCAUGCUUCGCAAGUGUGGCCUUUUCAUAUCCUGACAUUAUAUCCCGUAGCGACUGGGGUGCUCAGUCUGCUAGUAAAUACAUCCCUAACCUUAAUCAUCCGGUUGAAUACGCAGUGAUUCACCAUACAGCAUCCCAGAGUUGCUCAACUAUCGAUGACUGCAAAGAAUAUAUAAAAAAUACACAGGCUGAUCACAUCGAAAGUUCAACGAUUGGAUCUGAUAUCGCAUACAACUUUCUUGUGGAUGAAAACGGAAACGUUUACGAAGGAAGAGGAUGGAAUAAAGUUGGCUAUCACGCUGGUGUAUGGAAAAUUAAUAAAAACAGUAUUGGAAUCGCUGUCAUUGGAAAUUUCAUGACCGAAGAGCCAUCCACAGAAGCACAGGAUGCCGUACAGAGUCUAUUGGAAAUGGCUGUUGAUGAAGGAAAGCUUAAAUCCAACUACAAGUUACGUGGUCACCGUGAUGUGAAAAGUACUGCCUGUCCAGGGGAUAAAUUUUACGAUCGUAUUAAACUAUGGCCACAUUUUUAUUUUUAGAAUCAGAAAAUGAACAAUCUAAAACGUGGUAAAGAGAUAAUAAAAGUCAAACCAAAACACGCUAUUAAUUAAUCGUUUAAACUUAGAAUAUAACAAGAAAUCAUGCGAAGAGACUAUACAGGAAAUAUUUUCCGAGCGAGAAUAGUUAGGAGAGAGAAUAUUUUUAAUGGCUAAAUGCUUCAAUGUGUUGACGUAUUUUUGUGACAAAUUGUUUAAUAGUUAAGAUGUUAAGCUUUUUUAUUGAUUGUUGCAUGAUUUUGGUUUUAAUGUUAUUUAUCAUUUAAGAAAGAAUUUAACUUUUCACCCUCAGAUCAUAUCUUUAUUUUUUAUAUUAUGUAUCUUUAUGUUUAUUUUAUCAUAUUAGUGCAAAGUAUGUCUCAUAUUUAACACUUUAUCUGAUUUAUAUGUGUGAAUUUGUAUUUAAGGAUUAUGUAGUCCAGUACAAGGUAGACUGUUUUUCGCUUUUGUUAUUAGAUAAAUUUAUGAAAAUUAAAAUAAAAUUUGGAAGAAAUUCUUGUAAACCAUAUAAUACAGUUUAUCAGUGUCUUUAAAAAGUGAAGUAUAAAAAAGAAAAUAAAAGUUAUGUGAACUUA